AUGUUUCUCUAAUAUGUUACAGUUUUGUUUUUGUUUUGGUUACGCGAUGGGUCAUGGCAUGGGCCGGGUACCGAGCGAUGGUCGCGUGGUCGUACCCAGGCACACCAUCGCCGGCCCGAUAUUUGGGUAGCCAUGUUAAAUCGCUUCGCGUUCCUUGAAACCGAACCCACGGAACAAGCGGUUGCCGCUCAACGCUUCUCGUUGCUGUUGUCGUUGGUUAAUAGCUUCACGCCGAUCGCGCCAAUUUGUUUAUUUACAAAAAGCAAUGUUUUCGAAGACUCGCCGCGAAACGGGACCAAAUGCAGCCCCCCGAUUUCCGUUCCCCCCGUACCUUUAACCUUAAGCCGGAAGCUACCCUGCAAUUGGGGUUUUUGUAAAUGGUGAUGAUGAAUACCUCUAACGGCAGUCAAUCAGACCAAAUUACAAUGGUGGUGGGUUCACCAAGUGGGAUGUCUGGUGGUUCAGAUGAUGAUGAUGACAACUGUCCAUCGUCCCCUGGGUCCACCUAUGAUGAGUCUGGGGAUCUUAUGUCAGCAGCCAUGGGAGAUGAUGUCACUGCACAACUAGCUGCAGCUGGUCCUGUUGGUGUUGCUGCUGCUGCUGCCAUUGUGUCUGCAAAGAAAAGGAAACGAUUACAUUCGUUUGAGACAAACCCCUCGAUCCGGAAGCGACAGAAAAAUAGGUUGCUGCGUAAACUGAGGCAGACGAUAGAUGAGUUUGCCACCAGAGUCGGUCAGCAAGCCAUUGUGCUGGUCGCUACGCCCGGAAAACCGGACACCAGUUACAAGGUGUUUGGCGCGAAGCCACUCGAAGAUGUAAUUAAGAAUCUGCGAACCGUCAUCAUCGAAGAAUUAGAGAGCGCCUUGGCUCACCAAGCCCCACCCCCAGUCCAGGAUGAUCCUACGCUUUUCGAAUUACCUCCCCUUAUCAUUGACGGAAUACCCACUCCCGUCGAGAAAAUGACGCAAGCUCAGCUUAGAGCUUUUAUUCCGUUAAUGCUUAAAUAUUCCACUGGCCGUGGGAAGCCUGGAUGGGGCAGAGACUCGACGAGGCCACCGUGGUGGCCAAAAGAAUUGCCCUGGGCCAAUGUCAGGAUGGAUGCCCGUAGCGAAGAUGAAAAACAGAAGAUUUCUUGGACUCACGCUCUAAGGCAGAUUGUGGUGAACUGCUAUAAGUACCAUGGACGAGAGGAUCUCCUUCCCGCAUUCACUGAGGAGGACGAGAAGACCAAUGCAACAGCACGUGCUAAUGCCAAUGUUGGUAGUGUUUUGAAGAUGCAUUCCUCUGGGAUGCAUAAGAUACAGAUCCAAGCUAACGGUUCCCCGCAGAUAAUAACCACCUCUGCCGAUGCCAUAUCGGGUUCCUCGGCGCAGGUCUGCCUCGACCCCACCGGCUAUAGUUCAGAUGUCGAUAUCACCGCUCAAUACGCGCCUACCGUAUUGCACACCAUUACAAAUCCGGAUGGUACAGUCAGCAUUGUGCAGGUGGAUCCGAACAACCCGAUCAUCACAUUACCAGAUGGCACUACGGCACACGUCCAGGGUAUGGCAACUAUCCAGUCUGCACAGGGUGAUACCAUUCAGACGAUCGCUGAAGGCGGUCAAGCAGAAGUCAUGGACUUGAAUUCUGUUACCGAAGCAACAUUAAAUUCUGAGGGACAAAUUAUUUUAACUGGUGAAGAUGGUCAUGUGAGUGGAGUGAUUACGGUACCAGUAUCUGCAUCGAUGUAUCAAACUAUGGUGGCCAACAUACAGCACCUACAUACAAACAGCGACGGUACCGUUUGCGUGACCCCAGUGGUCCAAGUACCAAAAGUGGAGCCGAAUAGUUCGGACGGAAUGGAAACAUUAACAGUGACACCAGGAGGAUUGACCACCCACUCUAUGAUGAUACAAAGCACCGGCGAGGGAGGACCACAGGUAUUACAGGUGUUAUCUUUAAAAGAUGCCACUGUGCUUACAAAAGCCAUGGCCAGUAUUGCCGAUGUCAAAACAGAGGAAACAAUAAUCAGUGAACAGGGCUAAAUAAAUAUAUAGAACUAACGUAAGAAAUUUAAGGAAAUUAAAAAAACAGAUACAGGUCGCACGAAUUGCUGCACCCUAAUUAUGUAUGUAUAUAAACAAAACUAAAAAAAAAUAUGAUGUUGUGGUAAUUGUGAGUGUGUCUCAUCUGUGGGUUGAAAUACUAGCUGUAGGAGCGAUUGUUUAAUUAUGUUGCAGUCUGUGCCAAAGGCAUCAAAAUAUGUACCUACUAUAAUUUUAGUAAUUAGAUUUAGGUUAUUAUUUGUUACCUUACCAAAAGGAAUGACUCAUUCACCAUAUCUUACUGAUAUUGGACUUUGAAUUCAGAAUAGAGAGAACCAAGAUUACUUUUUACAAAUAAUUUUUUUUUAUAUAUAUAUAUAUUAUACCCUAAUUUAUCUGUACAUAUUAUAA